AUGUAUAAGUGUGUCGUUUUAGUCUUAUUGUGUUGGAUUUCGGUGAUUGCGGAAGUGGAAACGCACACCCGUGAGGCGAAGUUAGUGAAUAUAGCCCAGGGUCCUGUGCGCGGGUAUAAGGCACAAUAUGAUAAUUUUUUUGCCUUUUAUGGCAUACCGUACGCAACUGCACCCACGGGUGAUCACAAAUUUAAGGCACCACUUUCUCCGCCCCAAUGGACAGAACCAUUCGAAGCCGUUAAUAAAGAUGUAAUUUGCCCACAAAUGGUAUAUGCACCUUGGGCUAUAAAACUUAAGCAACAGGAAGACUGUCUAAUCGUUAAUAUAUACGUACCUGACACGGAUGAAAAAGAUUUACCUGUGGUCAUACAUGUUCAUGGAGGGGCAUAUCAAUUGGGAUAUGGCAACUUAAUGACGGCAAAAGAAUUCAUUAAAGAUAAGAAUAUCAUUAUAGUUAAUUUCAAUUACCGUUUGGGUGCACAUGGUUUUCUAUGUCUAGGUACAGAAGAUGUGCCUGGCAAUGCUGGAAUGAAGGACCAAGUUACGUUGUUUCGCUGGGUGAAAGAAAAUAUUGCCAGUUUUGGUGGAAACCCUGAUGAUGUUACAAUCAAUGGAUUUAGUGCAGGUUCAUCGUCGGUUGAUCUUCACCUUGUUUCGCCGAUGACCAAAAGUCUUUUUAAUAAGGUUAUACCCGAAAGUGGAGCAAGUCUCUCUGCAUUUAGUGUUCAAACAGACCCAGUAGAAAAUGCUUGGGAAUAUGCGAUACUACUUAACUAUACAGAUAAGACCAAGGAUGUUUAUGAUUUAGAGAAUUUUUAUAAAACAGUUUCAUUAGAUACAUUAACUUCUAUUGAUCUAUUAAAUAGGAGUGAUUCUCUAUUUCUUUUUGUACCUUGUAUUGAACGGGAACUUGGUAAAGAAAGGUUUCUUGAGGAUGCUCCAUUGAACGUUUUGAAAAGUGGCCGUAAUCAUAAACUACCAAUGUUAUUUGGAUUGGCUGAAAUGGAAGGAUUAUCUAGAAUGCCAGUUUUUGAAACAUGGUCUAGUAAAAUGAAUGAUAAGUUCUCCGAUUUCUUGCCCGGUGAUCUUAAAUUUUCAACUCCAGAAGAAAAAGAAGAAGUUGCUCAGAGAGUUAAGGAGUUUUAUUUUGGUAAAAAACCUGUUGGCAAGGAAACUAUAUUUAGAUAUAUAGAUUAUUUUACAGAUAUAUUAUUUGCGUAUGGCACACUAAAGUCUGUUCAGUUGCAAGUGGAAUCUGGAAACAAAGAUAUAUAUCUAUAUGAAUAUUCCUUUGUGGAUGAUAACGUUCCGUUAGUGCCCUACACUGCUGUGCGUGGUGCUAACCAUUGCGCACAAUCAAUGGCUGUAGGAGACGAAUUUUUGCCAAAUGCUCCAGCUGAUACAAAAGAUUUCACAAAUAUGAAGCAGUUGAUGAGAGAACUAUGGUUCAACUUUAUCACAACCGGAAAACCGGUUCCAGAGGGUUCAGACCUUUCAAUGUGGCCGCCUACCGAUGCAAACGGUAGUCCUCAUAUGUCUCUCGAUAAGACGAUGAAACUGCGCGGACCUCUGAUACAGCAACGCUUUCUUUUUUGGGAUGCUAUUUAUGAGAAAUAUUAUGCAAUGCCAACCGCACCUCCUCCUCCAACACCCAGAACCAAAACUGAAUUAUAA